UGGUAACGUAUACUCGGCACGGUUAAACGUUAAAAUGGUUUAAGUUCGCCGGAAAACGACUUCUAAUGACAAAUGAUACGAAACGAGCAGAGUGACUGAUAAUCUACGGAUUUAAAAAUUUUGCUCAGAAAAAUCAGUGCAGAAAAUACUUCUAAGAAGUGAUACCCAAUUAAUUUUAAAGUGAAUGUAAAAUAAGCAAAAAAAAAAAAACAAAAUCUGAGACUUUUCUAUGUAGACGUUGGAUGCUAACUUAGUGAAUUAAAACAAAAUGUCCAGUGUACAAGUGUCACAGCCUCCAACACUGCAACAACAGCAAACGCAUCAACAACAGCAGCAACAAAUUUCGCAUUUCCUAAAUCACAUUGCUGCCGCGCAACAGCAAAAACUGCAGCGAAACCCAUCGCCACAACGCAGUGAUUGCCAGAACGAUAAUAACACUUGCUCCACGCUGUCGCCUCGAUCGCCCGUCCAUUCCAGUCCAACCAGUUCAUCUAACUCGCCGCGGUCCGCCACGAACUCUCCACCAAGUGGAUAUGUCAUAAAUACAAGUCCACAGCCCGAAAGCAAUCAUCCCGGUUUACAUCUACCCCCCACAUCCAGUGCGGCCUUGCCGCUAAUUGUAGCUCCAAUACCCGCUCUACCACACCUCGCGCCCAUGGCUACCACCACAGCAGCCAACAGUUUGCGCGAUCAACGCAUCUUCCCAGCUUCCGUCACACAAGCGCCGCAACCACCGUCAGCAAUUUCAGCGUCACGCUUGUACGAUGCAUUCACGCCGAGUGCGUUGCCCGUCGGCCAUCCCGCCUUGGUCAAUGGCUGCUAUCCCAUGCCUCGUCUGCCGCUUAGUAACGUUAUGCUAGCGCAGCAGAAUGCAUCCGAUUCGCCACCAGUAACCACUACAGUGACGGCUCAGAGUCAGCCGAGAAAGUCCUUUUGCAUCGAGGCGUUGUUGGCUAAAAAUCAGAACAACGACGAAGCGUUGGAAAAUAGUGCUUCGAAACCGUAUACAGAGGAUCGGUUGGCGGCAUUUCAUUAUGCACGCGAUAAUGCAGAGUUGGAUCAGGCCAUAGCCGCCGGCAUAAGUGAACAGGAGACCCUUCAACGGAUAAGAGACUCCCGCGAGUAUGGCACGCCAAGUCCUGAUGGCAUGUCGAGAUCAGAAUCUCCAACAUCUUCACAUCGAUCUAGUCCGCCCAUUAGCCCUGGUUGUGAGGAUCAACAUCAUAUUGGUAUUUCAAUGGAUUUUCAUGAUGAAUUCAAAAAGCCUAUUCCACCGCACAGUCCCAUAAGACCGCAAGACUUUCCACUUUACACCGGCGGUCAUCCAUACCAUUUGCUAGCACAAGGGGGAUCAGCAUUUCAUCGGCCAUUGGAUCCAACCGGAAAGCCAAUACCUGUAAGCAUGAACAUUGAAUUAAAAAUUUAA